UUAGUGCCCCGUAGUCGUUUUAUCUAUUUUCCAUGGUCGUAUCAAAAUUCACUAUCACAAAUUCGUUGGUUCUUUAAUGUGAAACGUCAAUGGUCGAUCGUCGUAUUCGAGUACGAACUACGAAUUAUACCUAUGAUACACUAGUAGUCAGUAGACGAUAUUCUACAACUUGCCUAAGUCGAACUCUAUCCUGAAUUUUAGAUUAUUUAAAAGGCUACGUUCUGUAAGUGUUAUAAUUACAAAUGUUUAUAAUAUAGAAUAUCAUAUCGUUUGAUACUAUGUAGCCCCAACACCGAUGCACAAUUAAGCGGCGCUCAUCAGUUACAACACAGUCUCUUGUCCGCUACUCAAAUAAAUGGACACGCUCAGCGACGAUACCAUCCCUUUCGGAGAGGAGAACACGGCAAAUUCUACAAAAUUACCGCAUCCAUGUGUAACUUUUUUUCACUUAUUCUUCAGAGUGUCUGCUGUUCUCAUCUAUUUUUUUGGAAGAAUAUUUACCGAUAGCUUUAUCACAUUAUUUGUUCUUAUAAUUUUAUUAUUAUCCAUGGACUUCUGGAUUGUAAAAAACAUAACAGGUCGUAUUAUGGUUGGCCUGAGAUGGUGGAAUUAUGUAGACGAUGAUGGGGUUUCACAUUGGGUAUACGAAUCACGAAAGUCAGCAAAUAUUAUGAGUUCCCUUUGUCAACAGGGAUCUGUGCAGCAUCGAGUUAACUCCAGUGAAUAUAGAAUAUUUUGGGCUGGAUUAUGGUCCGUCACUGGAAUGUGGAUUUUAUUCUUUAUCACAUCAUUCUUUAGCAUAAAUUUUAAAUGGAUGUUAUUGGUCAGUAUAGCGUUGACUUUGAACAUUGCAAAUUUGCAUGGUUAUAUUAAGUGCAAAGGAGGAAAUCAAGAAAACAUGGGUAUUUCUUCAAUGGCCAGUAGUUUUAUAUUUCAAAAUAUCGGAAAAGUUAGAGAGACAAUGUCAAGCUUAAAUAAUACUCCAAGCAGUCCGCCAAAUAUAAAACCAACUGGUAUUGUCUAAAAUUAACGAUAAAAUGAAUUGUUAUUUUAACUAUAUGGCUAAAUGUAAAUUAUAAUUAUGUGUAUCUAUGAUUACCGUACUAUAUAUUAUAACUGUAUACAUGGGGAAAUAAAUUAUGAAGUUUAAUAAAAAAAAAACCAUGCAUUACCUACUAAAGAAUUUUAAAAUUCAACAAUUUGCUUUGUAUGAAAAAAAUAAUAUUUCAGUCAAAUAAUUACAUGGACAAGUAUAUUAUGUCGUUUGUGUAGGGAUGGAUUAAUCAAAUAAUGACAGACUUAACUAAUCAUUUUUCCUAUUUAUAACAUGAUGAAUUGUUUAUAAAUAAUAAAAAAAAUUAACAUUUAUUAUAAGUAAUUAACACAUAAUUUUAAAAGCAGUAUAGUACACAAUAAUAUACAUAUUUAAUUAUUAUUUUCGUUAAAAACUGUUACAGAAAAAGAGUGUUCUAAAAAAUGAUAAUGCGUAUUUGCUUAGAACAUGAUAUAUUUUACAUUUGUUAUGUGGGUGUUAUUCAGUGGUGUAUGUACUAUGCAUACAUAGGGUUCUAACACUCCUUAAAUUUCCUUCUAAAAAAAAAUCUGAGUAUCUACCAUAAUCAAUACAUAGAGUAGAUUAAUUGGCCAUCAUUUUUAAUAGAUAUAAAAUAAAUUGUAGUGACAAUCAAGAAUCAUAGUUUCAGUUAUUAUUUGGCUGAUAAACGUUUGCCAUAAUAUUGUCGUCUCAUGUAUCAUCAAUUAUUACAACGUUUUUAAAUCUUAAGACCUAUUAAGAUGGACCAUGUUAAAUACGCUAAACAUGGACUAAAUUUGAGACUAACUCUAUGAUUUGUUUUAGCCAAUUAUACAUAGAUAAUAUAAGAAUCUAUGCAAUUAUAUAAAAACUGUUUAUCAAAAAAUAAUAUAGAUGGGGAUGAAUCCCCUCCAUGGUCUCAGGUCUUUACCUAACCAAACUAAAAUCCUGUGUACGCUACUGGUUUAGUUGACCUAAGCAAUAAUUAUUAUUCAUUGUACAAUUAUUUUCUGGAAAUAUGUCUUAUUAGCAUUUCAGUUAACCUAUAUCAAAAUGUUGUGUACAGUUUAUAGAUAACACAAUUCACACUGAAAAAUAUACCUAAAUUGUUAUUUGGAA